UGUCAACAUUAGAUAAUUUAAAUUUUAAACUUCGUUAACGAAAUUAAUUGUUUUAUAUUCAUUUCGUCUUGUAAAGUGUAAUCAUGAAAGUUAAUUGUAGUGAAAACGAAACUCAUUAUAAAUUAUAUGAAGCUUUAACUAAGAGAGAAAAUCUAGAACAAAAAGCUUUAGCCUCACUGACUUCAGAUAUAUUGAAAAAUCUAAACAUAUCCAUCGAAAAAUUACCUCAGAAAUGUCAAAAUAUACUCCGUCAAGUGGCUGAAAGCCAAUCGCUCUUGGAUAUAGAAAAUUUAGAUUCGGUGACAAUUUCCUUGCAUCGUUCAAGAGAGAUAUCAGAGAAAUUAGCGGAUGAAUAUGAAAUACUGAAGCUUAAACAGAAAAAUGCUGAACUUCAAGCAAAAAUCAAUCGUAACAAUAGUUCAAUAGAAGAACUACGCAAAGAAUUGGAGUCUUCUAAAAUCUCCUUGUCCAGUCAGAAUCCGAAUCCUGAGAAUAUUCAUGAUCAUAUUAAACAAAUGAAACAAAAAUUGGUGUCAUACGAAGAGAACUAUGAAAAGGCGAAGAGUAAAUACGCGGUUCUAUCUGUACCAGAAGCAAUUUUGCCAAAAUCUCUUACGUCCCAAGUGACGUCACUACUCGCCCUUCAAGAAGAAGCCUCGGCUUUAAAGCAGAGAGCUGAUGACUUCUUACUAAUGAAAGAGGCAAGAGAAACUUUCAGUAGAUUGCGGCGAUGAGAGAAAAAACAAGCUGCAGUUUAUUUACUAAAUACAAGACAAUACUAUUAAGUUAACUGGAUAAUGCAAUUACGUCUUUAGUAAAUUUAACAUUUUUUGUUUAAUAAAACAGUCACUUAUUUUUUUAUAAAUGAGUAUUAUUUUUGAAUUUGUUAUUUUGGCGCCCAGAGAGGGACCACUUCCUUCGAUGUACAGAAUCCGGUUUGAUUACGUUUAAUUAUUGUAUUCGCCAAAGUUACAUGUUUGGGUUUGAUAGUGGGUGAGCUAGUGUAACGAUCCAUUUGUCAGCCUGCUUUCAUUAAAUUAAUAUUAAUAACAAUACAAAUAGAAAUUACUUCAUAAACAAAGGUUUUAUUACU